AUGAGGAAAAAGUUAGCCAAGAAGGGACAGGCAGAAUACAACUACAUCACAGAGGACAAUAGAGAAAUCACUAAUGAGGAAGAAACCAAAUCCCACAUAGCAAACUACUACGAGGACCUAUACCGAGCAAGAGAAGGUAAACCGGAGUAUGAGGCAUGGACCAAUAGAAUAUCGGCAGAGGUUGAGAAAGUUACAGACCAGCUAAGACCGCAAAACAUACCAAAAAUAGACCUCGAAGACAUGCUGCGGUUGCUAACCUCCAGUAAACCUCAGAAGAAGCAGCAGCAGCAGGACGCGGUGCAGGACGUGGCCGUGGGGAUGGCGGACGUCGGCGUGGACAAAGACGUGUUUGCUGAAGGAUUGAUGGACUUUUUCCGGCCCGCGGUCCAACAGCUGGACGUACACGUGCACUCAGUCAGAGAGAGUCAAGUGGAAUUAAGAGAACACAUCGACAACCUAGCCACAGAGUUGUGCAGAAUAAAUGAACACCAGAAGGUGGCGUUAGACCUGGACCCUUAUGUGAAGAAGCUGCUGAACGCAAGGCGUCGUGUCGUGCUGGUAAACAACAUCCUGCAGAAUGCUCAGGAACGUCUGAGGAGGCUGAACCAUAAUGUGGCCAAAGAAACGGCACGAAGGAAGACCAUGCUGGAGACUUCAGGAGUCUUCACCUCCCGCUGUCCGAGUCAACCCUGAUCCCGCUCCCGACCGUACAUCCUCACCCCACUGCCCCCCUCAGCCCUCAUCUCACUGACCCAGUGCACCCCGGUCCUGUUCCAUCAGCAUCUGACCUCCUGACCUCUGUGAUGUGACUGCUUGGAGAACAUCGCACAGGGACGGAGUGCAGAAGACUUCCUGAGCAUCAUGAUGUUUGGAGUACCCUCGUGUUUUAACUCACUCUGCUCUUCACACGCACUUCCCAUCCGUGACGUUGUGUUGGUGAUCCGUGUUAAAGUGUCUCACGGGCUGUUUUACUGAAAUACGUCUUCACUGAUACGCCAUCCAGGAGUGGGCGGAGCUUCAGUAACAAGCUGUCUCUCACUGGGACAGAAAUACUCAACCCGGCUUUCAGGUGCUUGACACCAAAUCCACAAACCCCUGCACAGAAAACAUUUUCAGGUCCAAGUUGUUUUCACGAGUCAAGCACAGUUUUUAGUUUUUUUUUUUAGUUUUUUUUAGUUGUGGCGUGUAAACAGGAAACUGCACCAUCUGAACAAGCAGCAGGUUUUUAAAAAUCUGCGUAGAAAUGAUCAACAUUUUCAUUCUGUAAAGACGUCUGUUCAGUUCCCAGGUUGUGAGACGUCUCCAGCACCACAUGUUGGUGCGACAUAAAGGCUCCAGAGUCCAGCUCCUCCAGGAGGGUGGAGAUGCUGUUCUCCUGGUACUGCAGACCUGGGAGACGGUGUCAAGUGCACCACCUACAGGGGUAUUGCACUGCUGUCUGUGCUGGUGCCAUGUGUCCCCACAUCCAUCACACCGUGGACACACUCCAGGUCCUAGAUAGCAACCACCCAGACAGACGACUAGUCUGUGCCCACAUCUCCAAAUUAAUCAUCAAGCUGUUACAGACAGAUAAGCAUCACAGGCGUGUCCUUGACCUUCUCCAGUCUCAGGUCCUUGACGGUGAGACACCUGUGUCCCUGAUCAUGCCUAGAGAAACACACCACAUGGACUAAAUGUGGUGUCUGAUGUUCCCUCACAGUGUCAGUGAUCCUCCUCAUCUGAGUUUCACUAAGUAACCGUUCAUCGGACACAAAGUCAUUCCAGCAGGACCCAAAGAUCCUCCACAGAGGCAGAGGUCUCUGAGGACGGUCUAACCACGUCAUUGCUUGGAUCCAGUGCUGACGUCUCCGGAGUCGUCUCCUUCACUGUAUUUACGCCAGCGGUGGACAGAUAUUCUUUUAGAGUACAGCUUGGUGUCUGUGGGUCUCUGUGCUGUUUAUGGCUAAUGUCUGAGUUCAUAAUAAAGUUGAUUACCACAGAAA